UUUAUAAAACUUGUUUAUUCCAUUUUAAUUGAAACCAACGAAACUUACAACUUAUUUUUAUCAAGUUAUGAUUAAUAUUUAUCUUUUAUCAUUCAAACGAUAAUUGCAAUAUAAUUAGAAUAUCUUAUUUAUUUAACAGGUUUUUCAACUUUAGAUCUAAGCAUUUUGUUUGAAUUCAGUUACAGUCAGGUUAAAUUCGUACUCUACUGCACUAUUGUGACUCUGUAAGUUUGUAGAAAGCAGAAUCCUAACCUGAAAUUCAUUUGGCAUCCCUGCAAUGGUAGCGCUGAUAGCUGUAGAGCCUGUAGAUCGACAGAUCGUAUACAUAUAUGUAUAGUCGCAAUACGUAUACACACGAAAUCUCUAAGUAGCCGAUGCACACGUGUGUUUGGUGUAGACGUCAAUUUAGCAAGCUUCAUAAAUUGUAUUUAAGAUAUAAUAUAUUAAUAUGGGCAAAGGUCGAAGACAUAAACCACAGAAAAAUUUCGCCGAAAAGCGCAGAGAAAAACAAAAAAAGAAAGAUGAAUGGGAUAAAACACCCCAACGUUCUUAUGCAGACAUUAUUAGAGAAAACAAAGAUUUUGAAGCAUAUUAUAAAACUCAGAAAAUAGUUCCUGAAGGAGAGUGGGAUGCAUUUAUUGAAACUAUGAGAGAAAAUCUGCCUGUUGCAUUUCGUAUUACUGGAUCAAAAGCUGAAACCAAAGCUUUACUAGAAAUUAUUAAAGGAGACUUUUUUAAAGAAAUUGUAAAUACAAAACUUCCGGAUAGCCAAGAUAACCAAGACAACCAGUGUAAGGAAGUAAAGCCCCACUGUCUACCAUUUUAUCCAGAAAACUUAGGAUGGCAAUUACAACUUACACGCAAAGAUAUAAGACGAUCUGAAGCCUUUUUUAGGUUACACAAUUUUCUAAUCGCUGAAACAAACAGUGGAAAUAUAAGUAGACAAGAAGUUGUCAGUAUGGUGCCACCAUUAGUUCUUGAUGUGAAACCUUGGCAUAAGGUUCUAGACAUGUGUGCAGCACCUGGAUCAAAAACAGCUCAAUUGAUCGAAAUGAUACAUGCAGAUGAAAAAAUACCUCUACCUGAGGGCUUUGUAAUAGCUAAUGACUUAGAUAAUAAUCGUUGUUAUAUGCUUGUACAUCAAGCAAAACGGUUAAACAGCCCGAACAUUUUGAUAACUAAUCACGAUUCUUCAGUUAUGCCCAAUUUCACCGUUACUCAAGCUGAUGGUAGCAAGGGGACUUUGAAAUUUGACAGAAUAUUAGCUGAUGUACCAUGUAGCGGCGAUGGUACAAUGAGAAAAAAUCCAGAUAUUUGGUGUAAAUGGAGUCCUGCAAAUGGGAAUAAUCUUCAUGGGAUUCAGUACAGAAUAGCAAAACGAGGCGUAGAAUUGUUGGCUGUUGGUGGAAAAAUGGUUUACUCAACUUGCUCCUUGAAUCCGAUCGAAAAUGAAGCAGUUUUACAUAGAUUACUAAGUGAAACUGGAGAUUCUGUUCGUUUAGUUGAUUGUAAAGAUUCUGUACCUGGAUUAGUAUACAAUCACGGUGUGAGUCAUUGGCAACCGGCGUCAAAAAAUUUACAGUACUUUACUUCUUGGGAAGAUGUACCAGACCAAUUGCAAACGCAAAUUCGACCAAAAAUGUUCCCUCCUAAACUGGAUGAAAUUGAUAAAUUUCACUUAGAAAGAUGUAUGCGGAUAUUGCCUCAUCAUCAAGACACUGGAGGAUUUUUUGUAGCAGUUUUAGAAAAGCUAAAACCUCUACCUUGGGAAAAUGAAACUACGUUAAAAUCGGAAAUUUCCAAGUUGCCUACCAAUGUCCCCCAAAAGGAAGAAAAUAAAACAGAAAAAGUGACUGACAAGAAAAGAAUUUUAGAAGAUGAUAAGAAACCAUGGGGACCACAAAGAAAGCGCAAAAGACUACAAGGCUAUCGUGAAGAUCCUUUUGUGUUUUUUAAGAAUGAAAAUGAAGAUGUAUGGCCUUCGAUAAAAGAAUUUUACAAUAUAUCGGAUGCAUUGGAUGCACAAUGUUUAUUAGUGAGAUGCCACGAAGGAAAAAAGAAAAAUGUUUAUUUUACUUCACCAGCCAUUCGUGAUAUAGUUCUAUGCAAUGAAGAUAAAGUCAAAAUGAUCAACACUGGUGUUAAGACUUUUGUGCGUUGUGAUAAUAAAAACAUGUCCUGCGCAUUUAGAUUGGCUCAAGAAGGGUUAAACAGUAUUGUUCAUUUUAUUGGCGAGUGCCGUAAAGUUAAAAUCUUCAAAGAAGAUUUAAUUAUGCUUUUACAAAAUGAUAAUCCUCAUACUCCACCAGAAAUCACUAAACUAAAUUCAAUCACCCAAGAAAGGCUAAAAGAUUUCGCCAAGGGAAGUUGCGUUCUCGUUUACGAAGAACAGAAUACUGACAAUCCUUAUCCAUUAAGGUUGGAAAUGGUUGGUUGGAGGGGAACUAUGUCAUUGAGGGCGUACGUAUCUAUUCAUGAUGCAAUCCAUUAUUUAAGACUGCUUGGAGGUGAUUGUUCUAAGUUUGAAAAGAACAAAUUUCAAGUAAAUCGCGAUGCAGCAGCAUCCAAAAUCGAAGAAGACAAUGACGAAGAAAUUAUCGGCAGUGUACAGAACGAAAAUGGAGAUUUGAUUAAAACGGACGAGACAUCAGUUGAUAACUAAUAUGUCAAAAUCAAUAUGAAAUAAAAAAUGUUUAGAUAAAAACAAUUUAAAA